AUGCCUAGUGAAGGUUCAAGAAAGGAUUCGGCAUGGAAUUACUCACAUUGGAAGAAUCCGAAAGAUACAAAUGCCGUCACUUGUAACUUCUGUGCAAAAGUUACAAAAAGAGGUAUUUAUCGGGCUAAGCAACACUUAACUGGAGGAUAUAGAAAUGUGAGUGCAUGCACAAGAUGCCCAUCUAGUGUUAGAGAAGAAAUUAAAGAGUACAUGAGUAAGAAAAAGGAAGAAAAAGAACAAAUGAAUUUGUUACCUAGUGAUGAGAUUAAUUUCAUUGAUGGAGAGGAUGAGGAUGAUGUCAUGGAAGUUAGCAAUCGGGAAAAAAGGGUAGCUAGUGCAGGUAGUGCUAGUGUCAAUUCCUCAAAGAUGCAAAAGCAAAAGGGACCGAUUGAUUUAUAUUUCACUCCCAGACCGAAAAUUAUGGUACAAAAAAGAAAGGAUGAGGGAAAACAGGCAGUCAUUAAUGAUGCAUGCAAGAAAGAGUUGAGAGGAAGAGUGUGUGCUGCUUUUGCAAGGUGGAUAUAUGAUGCAGGAAUUACAUUCAAUGUUGUUAAGUAUGAUAGCUUUGCCGAGGUUGUUAAAGCAAUUGGACAAUAUGGUCCUAGCAUGAAACCACCUAGUUAUCAUAAGGUGAGAGUUCAUUUGCUUAGGAAAGAAUUGGAUAAUACCAAUGCUUUGAUGAAUGACCAUAAAGAAGAGUGGUCAAAAUUUGGAUGCUCAUUAAUGGCAGAUGGGUGGACAGACAAGAGAGGGAGAACAUUGCUUAAUUUCCUAGUAAAUAGUCCAAGGGGAACCAUAUUUAUUGAAUUGAUAGAUACUUCUUCUUUUUCAAAGGAUGGUGCAAAGAUGUUUGACUUACUUAAUAAAUUUGUGAACCGCAUUGGAGUAGCAAAUGUCGUCCAAGUCCUCACAGAAAGUGAAUCAAGCAAUAAGUCUGCCGGGAGGAUGUUAAAGAAAGAACACCCACAUUUGUAUUGGACACCAUGUGAUGCUCAUUGCUUAGACUUAAUGUUGGAAGACAUUGGGAAAAUACCGUCCAUCUCUAGAACAAUGCAGAGGGCAGUGGAGUUGAAUAGUUAUAUUUAUGUGCGUCCAAAGUUGUUGAACAUUAUGAGGAACUUUACUCAUAAAAAGGAGUUGCUUAGGCCCGCUAAGACUCGAUUUGCUACAUGUUUCAUCACAUUUUCAAGUAUUCAUAAGCAAAAGAAUAACUUAAGAAAGAUGUUUACUUCAGAAGAAUGGAAUCGUAGUAAAUGGGCUAAAAAGGAAGCCGAUAAAAGAGUUGCUUCUUAUGUUUUGAUGCCUUCCUUUUGGAACAACAUUGUCUUUAGCCUUAAGGUUUCUGGUCCUCUUAUUCCGGUUUUGAGAUUAGUUGAUGGCAAGAAAAAGCCUCCCAUGGGAUACAUUUAUGCGGUUAUGGAUAGGGCUAAAGAAGCCAUUGCAAAAUCAUUUGGGGAAGUAGAAGACAAAUACAAGGAAAUUUUUAAAAUAAUUGAUAAGAGGUGGAAUAUUCAAUUUCAUCGCCCUUUGCAUGCAGCAGGUUAUUAUUUGAACCCAGAAUACUUUUAUUCAAAUCCGAAAAUUGAAGAAGAUGAAGAGAUUGCAAAGGGUUUGUAUGCAUGCAUUGCAUGGUUAAUCCUGGAUAUCAAAGACCAAGACAAAAUUACUGAGGAGCUGUCCUUAUAUUCUAAAGCUGAGGGCCUCUUUGGUAAUCCCUUUGCUAUUAAACAGAGAAAUACAUGA